AGAGCAGUCUGGGCUGCAGCAGGCAGUGGCAGGGCUGACUGGAUGCUGAGCUGAAUUGUACUCUUGACUUAGAAGCCGUUAGAUGUGGGACAAGGUUCUACCUUUUGCCAAGCUUUCCCCGGAGAUGGCUGUAAAAUGCGGCAGUGAUUUCCAGGCCCUAGAAAACGAAAAACGGUGUGGUGCUUGUAAAAGGGAUGGUGCAGUCGGCGCACAGGCCGUGGAAUUCCCAGCUUUUUUCCUCCCUCCGUCUUGGGAACGGCCCUGGGAACAGCCCCUGAGGGUGUCACCGCUGCGGGGCAAUGGGACGUGGGCCAGGCCACCUGCGGCGCGGGCUCACCGGCAAGGCACGAGCUGUCAGUAGCUCUUCUCUCUCACACGGUUCUCAAAGCGGGGGCCAAGCCUGCCGCCCGAGGCCUCACAGCUGGGAGGUGAUCUAAGGACAGGGCUCUAGUCAAGGAAAUCUUUGUUUGCACUGGGGAGGCUGGGCUGGCCAGGUGCCCCCGAAGGCCCGCCGCCUGCAGCCCACGUGGUCUCCUUGUAUGCAGGGCCUGGGCAGAAACUUAGGCAGUGUCUUCUCUCAGGUCCAGGUAAGCCUCUCCUGGUCUAGGUGCAGUGAAUUGCCUCAGGAGAGGAUGGAGAUGUCUCAGGAUGGGAGGAUGCCUGGCCCCUCUUUCCUUCACUGUUUUAUCCCAAGUCAGCACAAAGGAAGCCCUCGUUUAUUAAUUAGCGAGUAGCCCUGGGAGACCCCAUCUCUAUCGCUGGCCUUGGGCUUUGGAGGUAACCAAAAAAACCCCAAACCUUAAAAAAAUAAACCCUCUUCCUUUACGCCAGAGGACAGCUUCUUGGAAAAAGGGGAAGAGGGAGAUUCAGCAAGUGAGCUGGGCGCCAGGAUGCCCUCACCUUUUGGGAAAGGCACAGCACACCUCCAGUUGACCAGAGCUCCUCUAAUAAAGGAUGCACAGCCCCCACUGCUGCUUCCUCUGCAAGGUUGGGAGGAAGCGGGAGAGGGCCCGAGACCGGCUGGGGCUGCCCCAUUACAGAAGGAAAAAUUAGGUAUGAAAUGGCUUCCUGGGAUUGGCGAACAAAUGUCAUUUAUCAAGUGGGAGCCACUCUACCUCCCUCCUGCCCAUCACCAGAGGAGUCUGGUAAGUGGAAAAUGAGUGUGAUGAAUGGCUUCUGGGGAAGGAAAACAGACGUCAUGUGUUAGACAGUCCGGAUGGUCAUAAGGGCCAGAGGGACACCCCAACAUGGGGCUUUCUCUUUUCUGGGCACCCCAGGAUCUGAGUCCAGGGAACCUUCUGCAGCAACUGGAGAGCUCUGAGUGUCUCAACGGGAGAAUUUCCGCCAGAUGUCGAAGCAGUGAGGGGCAGCCCCAGGGCUUCCUUUCUGCAGGGCUCAGCGGGAAGAUGGGCCCCCGUGGGCUGGGACUCGCGCUGGCGUGCUGCCUGCUGCUGGCCUUUGCCUGUGGCCCGGUGCUGGGCCGCGUGCCCCGUGGGCAGCUCGAACAGCAGCAGCAGCAGGGGACCAGGGAGCCACCGCUGGACCACGCUGAGAGAGAGGAAGAAAAGCAUGAAAAAUACAGCUCCAGGCAGGAAGAGGAGCCCCCCGCAUCCCGGUGCUUUCGCUGCUGUGACCCUGGUACUCCCAUGUACCAGGCCAUCCCGGUGCCACAGAUCAACAUCACCAUCCUGAAAGGUGAGAAGGGCGACCGAGGAGAUCGGGGCGUGCAAGGCAAAUAUGGCAAAACAGGCUCCGUGGGCGCCAGGGGCCACGCGGGACCCAAAGGGCAGAAAGGGUCCAUGGGGGCCCCUGGGGACCGGUGCAAGAACCACUACGCUGCCUUUUCGGUGGGCCGGAAGAAGCCCCUGCACAGCAACGACUACUACCAGACGGUGAUUUUCGACACGGAGUUCGUGAACCUCUACGGCCACUUCAACAUGUUCACGGGAAAAUUCUACUGCUAUGUGCCCGGCAUCUACUUCUUCAGCCUCAAUGUGCACACCUGGAACCAGAAGGAGACAUACCUGCACAUCAUGAAGAACGGGGAGGAGGUGGUGAUCCUGUACGCCCAGGUGAGCGACCGCAGCAUCAUGCAGAGCCAGAGCCUGAUGCUGGAGCUUCAGGACCAAGACGAGGUGUGGGUGCGCCUCUUCAAGGGCGAGCGCGAGAACGCCAUCUUCAGCGAUGAGUUUGACACCUACAUCACCUUCAGUGGCUACCUGGUCAAGCCCGCCACCGAGCCCUAGCCGCCCGCUAGGGCUAACCUCCAUCGCCACAGGCUAACCUCCCGUUGUCCCCGUGCCCCGCCCUGCUCCGCCGGACCCCCUCCCCCACCCGGGUUUCCCCGGCCCACACGUCCCCAGCUUUGGCAUUCGACAUGACGCCCCCUCGCGGGAGUGGGAAGCAACAUCGGCUGUGUGGUCCCAGGCCCUGCCGUGUCCGCACAUGAAAUCACCAGGCGGGUGCCCACGAGAGCUCCCCUCUGUGUGCACGUCCUUGAGUGACCCCUGCACGUGUGCCACGACGCGCCAGGGUGUCCCAGAGUAAGCCACCCUUGCUCCCAUUGCUGGGAAUAAUUAAGCCAAUUCUAAAGGUUGUGAAAGGAGCAAAGUAAACCAUGGAAAAGAAAGGGAGGCAUUAUUAUUUUUGCCUUUCUGCCAGCCUCGCUGGCUCCAGGCAGGAGGGCUGUCUCCCCUCGAGGCUGCCGGAGACUUCCUGUAAGAGAAGAUCUAAAGUAGAUGCCAAGGGUGACAGGGGAAGGGGGUGGGGGGCGUGGGGACCAGAAAACCAUGUCUGGCUUAAUAUUUUAGGCCACGUAGGAACCUUCUUGGGGGACAGCUGGACUGACGUCCACAUCCCGUGGACAUUCCUGUGGCCUUGCCCGAGGGCUCAGCUGGUCUUUCUGAGCCACAACGGCGAGGGGGUUCGAACUGGGCAGCAAGGGUCAGCUCCUCAGAGGGACAGCCAAGCCCUCGGCCGUGGCCUCUGCGUUGGUGAGCAGCCUGCCCGCCGGAACCCGCAGGCUCCUGGCGGCAGAUGGCCCCUGGCAGCCAAGCUCAGUACAACCCAGCAGAGCCGUGCAUCCUGGCAUGGCUCUACCCACUCCCCCACCCCACCCUUGCGUCCUAGACGGGGCCCCCACGCCUGUCACACUGGCAUUGGCUUUCUGUCCCUCCUCUCCAACGGGUCAGCUGUGGAAGGAACCAGGGCCUUUGAUUUUGCAGCAGCUGUCAUGGUUACACAACUUCAAUAGACCCGCCUCACCCACCGUCUCAGAGUCCUGCUUCCCAGAGAGUUCACCAUUCAGCGCCCCAGCACCCUCCCCUGGGGCCUCUUUGACCAGCAGCCUAAGAGCAAUGCAGGAGGGGGCUUUCCUGGGCCCCAGAGCAGGGGGGAGCUGGAAGGGACCGGAAAGCUCCCCCCUGCCUGUCUCAGGGGCUCCUGCAUGGCUCAGCGUCUGAGGGGGUAGAGAGGGCACGUCCCAACCACCGGGGUCAGACCUCUGCUCUGAGGGGGUUGGGGGGAUGCCUGGAGUGGGGCGCUGCCUGGAUUGGUGCUGUGGCCCGUGGCUGACUUUGGCCCGGCAGCCCUUCCCCACUUCUCUGCAUCAACGCCCGGGGCCAGGGUCACCCCGUCUGCUUGGGCCCUGAGCCCCUCCAGGAGCCUUCCUUCCCACUGCCUGCCUGCUAAGCCCUGAUUGACCAAUCCCUCUGCCCUCCCUGAGCCUGGCCAUUGGGUCUGGGGUCUGCACAUCCUUCCCUCUGAAGGACUUCUGCUGGUCAGACUUUAAUAACUGUGUAUACGUGUGGGAGGGCUGGGGAGCAGGGCGCCCGCCUCCUGCUUUGUGCUGCCCCAGUGCUCUUCCAGAAAACAUUAAACGUGGAAUUGUGUGUUUCAGCA